GUGUGUGUGUGUGUGUGUGGUUCCCUUUUGUGUGCGUGUGUGACUACUUCGCCUCUAACAUAUGAGUCAGCCUCUUGUUCCGUGAAGUUUGCAGUCAGUCGCUGCAGGUCGGCGAGAUUGGAUUUGUAAAGUGGAGAAGGAGGACGGGUAAAAGGAGAGCGAGAGAGAAGGGGAGAAAGAAAAAAAGGAGCAAAGCAAAUGGAGAAGAGUUUGCAUGUGUGUGGGGCACAGGCAGAGCCCAGCAGCAAUGCUACUGCUCUGCUCAGCUCUCAGUGCACCACAGAGCUGAGCCUGGCUCCUCCUGUUAGCUUCCAGCAGGAGCUAGCCCAGCCUAUUGCCAUCCCCAACAAGGUGCCGCUCAUCAAUGUCAUCCUGAAGAAGAAACACGCUCAGAGGAAGCUGGAGGUGAGGAACCUACGUGCCCUGAGCUUCAUCCUCACCAGCCUGCUGCGCUCAGACAAGUUAGACGGUGUUAGAGACAGAGCUGGAAGUGUUGGUGGUAUCUUGUUCGAGGCUCUGAAGAAAGAGAAGAAGACGGAGGAGGAAGAGGAGGAGGAGGGGGAGGAAAGUGAUGACAACAGCCCCCACCACCACCACCACCAACAGCCGGGGAGCGAUGGCGAGGGGUCUGGGGUGCCUGUAGUUGGGGAGACAGCUUUGCAACUGCAGCUCCAACACCAGACGGUGGUUCUGCAGCACAGCUUCACACCCGCAGAGACGCCCAUGGUGGUGGGACCUUCUGCCAACUCACCUUUCCAAAACCAGACAUGUCCUGGCCAAGAUGUCAAUGGCAAUCCAAUGGCUACCGAUUGCCCCACUCCUCUGUAUCAUCAGAUCCCAGGCUCCCACGACUUGCUGCUGUUGGGCCAGAGUGGGGCAGAAGAGGACCUCAAGGUGGCAGCCGCUGCUGUUGACGGUGGCAUCUUCCAGGAUAAGAGCGAGGAGGCGUCUAUCGACUUGGUCUUUGACCUCUUGACUCAGCUGCAGUAUCACACGCACAGCGAGGAAGGGGUGCAAGUGUGCGACGAGUUCCUGCAGGGCAAGUGUGCCUAUGGCAGCGACUGCCCCAAACACCACACCGUCCUGCCUUACCACUGGCAGCUCAGGGACAUUGCCAGCCACACCUGGCAGGGAAUCUCUGAAGAGGCGCAGGAACACCUGGAGAGGCUGUACUGCAAUCCCGACAAUGAUCAGGUCAAGCUUCGAUAUCAGGGGCGUGUUUUCCCGUUGGAUCUGAACUCCAUGACAGUUUACGAUGUAGAAUUCAACCAAGUGCGGAGAUUAUCCACUGCUUCCUUCACAAAUCUGGGAUCAAAAUUCCACACGGUUUGGAAGUACUAUUGCAGGGAGCAUUUUGGCUGGAGGGAGUAUUCGGAGGCAGUUGUCCGAUGCAUUGAAGAAGCCUCGUCUCGAGGUAUGAGUGAGAUAUGUUUCCUUAUGCAACAAAACCGAUAUAUCCUGAACUUAAGGGAAGGUUUUCAGCAGAACGUGAUCUUUGGUACAAGGCGACGGAUCAUCAGGCGUCCUCUGUUUCGCUCCCCAAUCCUGCUGCUGCCAUAUUUACAGACUUUAGCUGGGCUGUCAGCUCCGAUCGAAAAGGCACAAGGGCCAGUUUCUGCACAAGCCUGCUUCCCUGCUCUCUCUUCCUCCUCAAGCCUCUAUCCCGAGACGUGGAUUUCAAUGGAACCAUCUCAAGAUUUUGUUCAAGUGCCUGUUUCCAUCGAAGACAAGAGCUAUAAAACUGUGUACAACCUUUUCCACAAGACAAUACCGGAAACCAAAUUUAGAAUUCUAAACAUACAUAGAGUUCAAAACCCUUAUCUCUGGGAAAAAUAUAAACGGAAAAAGGAGUACAUGUCAAGAAAGAUGUCAGAAAUGGACAAGAUCCUCAACGAAAGACACUUGUUUCACGGGACCUCCCAGGACGCAGUCAAUGCCAUUUGCAAGCACAAUUUUGACCCCAGGGUCUGCGGGAAACACGCCACCAUGUUCGGACAGGGCAGUUACUUUGCCAGAAAGGCGAGCUACUCUCAUAACUUUUCCAAGAAAUCGAAAGAGGGCAUUCAUUAUAUGUUCUUAGCAAAGCUGCUGAUAGGGAAGUACACACUGGGCAAGCCUUCGAUGAGGAGACCUCCGUCACAGUCUCCAGCUGAUCCUUCCAGUGACUUGUUUGACUCUUGUGUGGACAACUGGCUCGAUCCUCAGAUUUUUGUCAUUUUCAACGAUGACCAGAGUUUUCCUUACUUCGUUAUUCAGUACGAUGAAGUUGGAAGCACGGUGACUGUUUGACAAACAAGUGAUGAACAGCAGUGAUAAACGAGAGACCGAAAAUACUACAGUGAAGCUUAUCUACACAAUAUAGACUGAGGUCUCUUAUAACUGGGAUUUACAAAAUAAUCAAACUCUCGAUGACCACUGUUGCAGAACAACCUGCACUAGCAGUUCCUUGACCGAGUGUAAAUAACUAAAUACAUUGCCUUGGCCAAUGUUCCAUCUGUUCAUGUGCCUUUUUUUUGUUUGUGAACCGAUGUGUAUUUAUAUUAGACGGAGGGAAAAAAACAUGUUGCCCAUUUCUAACCAAUGCUGAAGUGUUUGAGAAAGAAACCUGCGCAUUCUUACUUGAUGAGUCAACUCCAGUAAGAGUUUUAUUUUUGAAAUGAUCAGAAGUUGUGGGAAUGUGACACGGAGCACUUUGUAGACCAAAGUUUUAACCUUGAGACACGGCUUGUGAUGUUAAGACAAGUUGCACCAACUGCCACAGCGACAGAGUGCUUGCUCUAAGGUUACCUUGUUUGCAGGAGAUGAAAUCUGCCACAGAGAUCAGGCUGUUGGCCACAAGAAAGGAAGCCCAUAUCGUGAGAAAGGCCUAGUUGGCUCUUUCUCAGAGUUGUGUAAACUGAAGUGACAGCUCUCCCUGGUCUCACUGUUAGACUUUUCACUUCCACUCAAACCUACCUUGAUCCUUUACUUGGUGUCUGCUUUAUUCCUCCCGCCAGACAGUCAACGGUCACACACUCAUACAUUCACACACAACGUAAAGAGAGUCGGGCGAGUCAAAUUGCCAGCAAGUCGAGGAAUGAAGGAGAGCAUAAUAUGAGUCAAAAACAUCUUGAUGUCAUCAGUCAUACCAUAAAUUGGCAUUGACCAAGGUUUUUUGUUAAUCUCUCAAGUAUUCUGUUGCUGUUGAGGAAUCAAAUUGAGAAGACCACAAAUUUCCUCAAACCCAACAUCUAUCCUGUUCCCAGUGUGGGUUUGGAAGAUUUUCUACGAAAGUAAAAAGAAAUCGCUGACCAGGUAUCCUUAUUCCAACGCUGGAAGUACCACCGUGCUUCAUACUGAUCCAUCCUCCCAACCUCGCUCACUCGAUCUUAAGAAAAAGUCUGUUACACAGGCAAGGAGUCAGUCUUGCUCGAAAAUACCAUCAGAUUAUAAUUAGGGAACAACUGUAUAAGGACAUGCCAGUCGUAGCACACCAGUUACACAGGCUCUUAAAAGAACCAAACAUCUGGAAAUUAUUAUACUUUAUAUUAUUAUAAAUUGUUCCUCCCAAAAAUCAGCAGAGAGGUGUUGACAAUCUCGGUUUACCAAAGCCUUCUCGGUUGUUUUAAUUGCAUUCUGUCCGGCAUUAGUGAUGCAACGUUUCAUGUCCUUUUUUUGAAAAAAAUAUUUGUUUCAAAAAGAAUCAAAGCCAACAAAAGAGAACUUGCUGACAACAGAAUAAUAAAGAGAACUGCUAAAAGGAAGCAGCCGGUAGUGUUUUUUUUUGUGUGGAAAAGAGAAGAUGAAACCCUGAUCUGAGUGAGUUUAUUUUGAUCUGAGUGAGGGUGCUUGCCCUAGGGGUCCCUCGAUGGAAUGCCCCCCAAAUAAAAUCCAAUGGAACAAAGAGUUAGGAGGACAGGGUUCAACAAUGCGCUAAAGGGCCUUUUUCGCAGGUGCAUCUUGAGGCAGACAUACAGUGAUUGACCCGGAGAGGAGAGGAUCUUUAAACCAUGUUAGGAGUUUCAGAAUUCUUGUUGCAAAUCACUCUCGUGAACUUGGAAAACCAAGACAGACGUAGUCAAAGCAGCAACGGCACAGUUUAAUCUGCAUGAAACCUCUCCGCUUGUGAAAUAUAUUGAGUUCUGCCCCAUUUUGCAAUUGCAGUAUAGUUCGCAUGUCAUGGGCAGAUCCAAAAAGCCAGGCUCGCCAGGGAAAUUAACACUAGGAUCAGUUGUAGAAUGAUAUCAACGUCAUCACUGGAACAAAGUGUGAGUGGGUGCCCAGGUACUGUCGUGCAAAGUAAAAUAUUCAGUUGGCAAAGUGCAAGGCUGAGGUCAAAGGUAUCAUUUUAUCCAGGAAAUCAAGUCAGUUUGAUCUAAACUGUUUACAUGACACCAAAUGUUGUAGAGGCUUCAAUCCACAUCCUGUACUUGAUUUACCUAAACGGUGAGGCGUGUUGUACCAGAUGAUUGAAUCCGAAACUCGGACUGAUACCAAACUCAAGGUGGCCUUUCCAGUAGAUCAGUGAUUUGUUUAAUUAUCCUUCGAUUCAGUUUUGGAACCAAAGAUCGCCACGUUACUAAUUGAAUUAGCAACGUAAGACGUUUUAACUCAAGGGUUAAGACAGGAUUCCGACAGCAUUAAGAAUCAGAUCGAGGCUUUUAAUUUGUAACGCGAUAAUCUUAUGACACGGUGGCCAAACUAUUCUGGAAUUUGACGUUUUGACAUCGGACAGUAGCAAUACAAUACUUGAUCGUUUCAUAUCAAUCUCCCUUCUUUACACACAUUGAAGCAUCUUUCCUUAAGCUCUGCGUACUGAUGUAAAGAAAUCAUUUGCACAAUGACAAGCUUCUAUCUACGACGAUAUUUUGCCAACUUGAACAAGCCACUGCACAAACUACUGAAUGAGUUUAAUGUCACUUACAUCUGAUCUCACUCUACAGUAAGUGUCAACAGCUCCAUUAUUGGAAGCAUUUUGUUGAAAUGGGCACCGAAUACACCCCAUCUAUCUAUAAGUCGUGAUGACGUUCUCUUGCCCACUUUUAAGAGGCCUGUAAAUUCCUUUCGAGGUACUGUUUUUAUUUAUUUAUUGAAACAAACAGCAUAACACACUCAAUACCACCUUUUGUGGACCUUCCUAUAAAUGAGGAUUCUGUAUAAUAAAUAUUGUAUAUCUUUUUGUCAACUGCUGAGCUGUAUGUAUGUAAAUAAAAUUAGCUAACCUAUUUCCUGACAAAUUA